AUGCCUCUCUGGCAGUUCUUCCAUCCCCCGACGGCCUUUUCCACGGCUGCCGAGAAACAGGCCGUCGUCGACGACGUCACGCGGAUGUACACGGGCAUUGGCCUGCCGGCGUUUUACGUUGUCGUGCAGUUUUUCCCGCUCGACGUGUCGGGGAGCGGCGGCAACUUCUUUGUCGGUGGGCAGCCGGCCACCAACUUUGUCCGCAUCGUCAUCCACCACCUGGCCUUCCAGUCGCAGGGCAGCGUCGCCGCGCACACGCGGAUUGCCAGCAAUGUGGACGGCGUCGUGCAGCCGCACCUAGAGGCGCGCGGGUUCGACUGGGAGUACCACGUCAGCGAGAGCCCGCCGACGAUGUGGAAGAUCAACGGGUACGUGCCGCCGGUGAUGGGCAAUCCGGCGGUGACGACAUGGGCCAAGGAGAACAAGCCGAGCGCGUACGAGGGCGACGGCCGGUCCAAGACGGAGGAGGGCGGCGAGGCAAAGGCGUCGAAAGACGAAACGAGGUUGUAA